AUGUCCAACCGCCUUGAAAGAGAAGCCGAAGACCUCUACGAGGCCCAAAACGACGCCUCCCCGGUCCCCGGCAACGUCUACGACAGCUCCUACAUCAGCGACACUCGUCCUGAGCUGAGAGACCAACUCCCCGUCCAGGCUGACCAAGAGGACUACGAUGAUCCCAUGCAGCCUCCGUACUCGAACUCAAAUGAGCAGCUCGAGGAGGAUGAAAAAGAGGCCAUUAACCAGUCGAACAUCUUGGAGGGUGAUCGUACGCGCCAUGCUAAGCCGCAGUCUGCAAAUAGGUACAAUGAGGGACCCGAUGAGGAUGACUUGCCUGAUUAUGUGAGGUAUGGUACCUCGGGUGUGUCUGGGACGAAGAGGUUGAGUUAA